GUGCACGCGCAGCCGCCGCGACGUGCGCAUCUCGUGCGCCUUCGAGCUGUUCCGCCGACGCGCGACCCCGAGAGGAGGCGAAGGAGCCCGCGAAAUCGCGAUCAACGCGGCACUGCGCGCUCGGGCCUCGCGGCCGCAUCACGGUAUCGAUAUUUCACGCACGUUAAUGUAUCGCGAGUCGCCGGUCGCGAUUCGGUGUUUUCGCGCGAAGUUUCAAGUUUGUUUUUCGUCCUGAGCAGAGACCCGAAGCUGGCACAGUUCGAGUAUCGCCCGGGGUGUCACGUGACCGCGCGAGGAUACACGCGCGCGAAGUUGCAGUGACUGCGCGCCAGCACAGUGAAGUUGCGCGCGGUCGAUCGGAUGGAAAUGGUGGACGCGCGGUGCGCGCGACGGGUACGAUGGUUCCGCAGUUUUCGCGUUUCGAUUAUUGUUUAGAUUAUUACUCGCAACGCAAUUGCAAAAUGUCGAUUACCGCGUCGCGUGCACGCGCCAUUCCCGCGGCGCAACCGAACGAUAUCGCCUCGCUUCUGUGCAACGGCCUGAAGAUCGCGCCGACGAGAGCUAACAUGGCGCACUCGGCGAAAUCCGCGUUCGUCUAAAGGACUAUCGGCGAGGCAUUCGCGCGAGUUCCUCGACGUAUCACGCGUAUCGAGUAUUUCGGGGCGACGCGCGGAUUUACGCGACCGACUCCGAGUGAAUCGCGCGCCCGCCGAGAUUCGAAUUCCCGCCGUUGUCCGGGCGACGCCGGCGGUCGCGCGCGUGCUCCGGCAAUCUCGGCGGUGGACGCGAUCGCGAAUCCGCGAGUGUGCAAUCUCCGGGAAUCGUCGAGGGACCGCCACCAGCGAUGAGGCUGCUCGGGACGACGAGGGUGACGCGGAAGGCGGAGGAUCCAGCGAUCGAUGAUGACGCGCCGUCCUGCGGACGCCGCUGAGGUGCUCCAUUUCCGCGACGACGUCCACCCUGCGAGUUCUGAUACAUCAUGGAGGUGCGGACAGAAAGACCGCGAACCGCCGGCCGAAUUGCGCCAACCGGAAGAGUAACACCAACGGUGCAUCAAACCGGUGGAGGCCGAAGAAAAGCCAUACCGGUCCCACCGCCGAGAGUGCCAACUCCUAUGCCCACUGCGAAUAAUAAUCAGCAAAGGAACAAUGCCAACGUCGCCGUCCCGCCCACCGUAUCGGCCGUGUCGAAGAAAGAGCCGCACGAGAACAUCGCCCGGAUAGCGAAGCGGUACCUCGACGAUAACAUGCAGCAGGCGUGGAUCAAUCCUCGUCUAAUAUCGAUGAUAAACAUGGAGGCAGUAACCUCAACCAACUACGACUCCACGAAUCUCAGCAGGAACUUCAAUCAGGUCGGCUUCAACACCUACAAUUACUCGCAGUUCGAGGAGAAGUACAAGCCGCGGCAGAUAUUCAAAUAUGGUGACGAGUACCUCGAGUAUGGUCACCGACUCGGCGCCAAUGAGAGAUUUGCUCGUUCCAAGUACCCGAUAGACAGCACGAGACUCGAUCAGAGGUACUCGCGGAGCCACUCUCAGCCGGAACGGCAGCAUCAUCUGUCCCAGGAGACGCGCUCCAAGUCGCAGGACUCCCGUGAGCUCACGUUCUACCAGAUCGAUCCGCCCGUGAAGCCGGAGAACGUCCGCCAGCACGACGGCAAGUCGCAUCAGAAGACGAAGAAGGAGCUGACCUUUUACGAGAUCGACUCGACACCAUCCUCCGGUCAGGAGAGGAAGGAGAGACACGAGACGUGCAAGGAGCGCGUCGAUAAGUCGGCCAAGUCUCAUGACAAGUUUCACGCCGUGAGCCAGGACAGAUCGCAAGCUGCAAAGCACAGGCAGGCCCAGGAUCAGCCGAAGACGGCGAACGCGCUGCCAACAUCCAACUACCAUCAACUGAACCGGUCGCAGUCGGAUCUCACCGAGUGCCAGCUACCGAAUUACCACGGUCAUCGGAACAACCCGUACAUUGACCCACCCAAGUAUCGACAGUUCGACAGGCCGCCGCGCUAUCAGGAGGCACCGCCGAAAUCAGAUCCGCCGCCCAAGUAUUAUGCCGAUCCGCCCAAGUACGCCGAGGUGUCCAGACGACAGGACGAUCUUAAGAGGAUCCAGGUAAGCCGUAGUAUAUAAACCGUAGUGGGGAAACUCCCUUGAAACUUGACCGAC